GGGGAAUAGCCCUGGGUGCCCCGCCAGAAACUUACAGUGAGUAUCGUUUAUUCCGGAGUUAAGUUGUAAUCACCGCUGCGGAUCAACCUCUUCAUACUACUUAAGACGGAACCAAUUGCCCAUCUAUCGUGACUUGCCAUUGGUUUCACUGCCGGCAAUUUGUCAAGAAUUAUAUAUCGCACUUCUAAUUUUCACGAUGCCUUCACAUGUUACAUUCAAGAGUGGUGUCUGGCGCGUGACCGCCAACCUCUACCGUCCAACUCCCAAAGCUUCUUUGAACAGAAAGAAGGCUGCUAUUGUCGUCGGCCAUCCGUUUGGAAGUGUCAAGGAGCAGACAUCGGGGCUCUAUGCUGAGCGUUUGAGUAAAGAAGGCUUUGUGACUCUUGCAUUCGACGCUGCUCACUAUGGCGAGAGUGAAGGAGAGCCCCGCUACCUGGAAGAUCCGUACCAACGCGUGGAAGAUUUCAAAGCGGCUGUGACAUUUCUCACCACCCUAGACGAUGUCGACCCCGAGAGGAUUGGUGUCCUUGGCAUUUGUGCUGCCGGUGCCUAUGUAUCCUUCGCAGCGUCAACAGACGUCCGCAUGAAGGCUGUUGCGGCAGUUAGCUCUCUGGAGAUGGGCCGCUUCUUCCGCGAUGGUUUGGGUAACACUCAGUCCACGGAUCAACUCCGUCAGGGCCUUGCUCACGCAGCCAAGCAGCGCAAUACGGAGGGUGCAGGAGGUGAACUGGAAGUCGCCCCGAUUGCGCCAACCUCUCUGGAUGAGAACGCCCCGCAACUGUAUCGGGAGGGCUAUGACUAUUACCGGACAGCCCGGGCCAAGCAUCCGCGAGCUACAAGCGUGUUUGUCACCCGAAGCUUGGAACUUUGCGCAUCAUACGACUCUUACGCCUUCAUCCACCUUAUCUCCCCUCGGCCGCUCCUUCUCAUUGCUGGCACCAAGGCCGAUACGAUGUAUUACAGCGAGGAGGCGUAUCUCAAGGCGGCUGAACCGAAGCAGCUAGUCCGUGUUGAGGGUGCUACUCACAUGGAUCUCUACGAUAAUGAACAGUACCUCCCUGGUGUCAUUGAGAAGCUGGUGGAUUUCAUGGACAAACAUCUGUGUGAUUAGCUUGACAGCGUACAAAUUGAUAAAAACUUGAUUACAUAUGCACCCUGGAAUAAUUUGGUCAUGAUUGUCACAUUUCGUCUGGUCAUUUGU